AUACCAUUACAAUAACAAAUUCUUGUUAAAAUUAUUUUAGAAAGUGUAUGAAACUAACAGUUAAAUUCAGGUCUGCUUACGGCAUCAGUGAAAAAGUGUAAAUAUCCAAAGAAGCAAAGAUCACAUUUCUAUACUUUAUUUUUCUUCUUUCUUUUUUUGUUUUUAAUGGGUUUACUGGGAUCCUAUUUCGGUAAUGUUACAGUGCCGCAGUUUUUACAAAGAGAUCCAUCACCAUGGACCACAAUACUCCAUGCCUGGAGCUCGUUAUGCCUCAUUAUGCCAAUAAUAUUUUUGAUUGCGGUAGCUAGACUUAUUGGCAAUCGUAUCGGAAGCGGAAUUCUUGGCAUGCAUUUUAUAAGAUAUCUGACCGAGGGUGUCAUAAUCAUCGGACCGACGCUUCUAAUGAUGGUCAAAUAUUAUGAAUAUGGCGACUAUUACACUUGGAUUUGCUGUACGAUUAUGGUGAUUGCAGCUGUUGCGGGUUUAACGAAAAAACCCCACAAACAAUUAUAUCUUUUAGGUGGUCACCAACCGUAUGUGUUUAAAGUAAAUCGUGCGAUGAUUUAUAUACUUGCCUUGGUUGCUCUACUCGCUCAGGGUUUCUCGUCAUUUCCAAAAUACUUACAAAGAACUUAUGGCUAUGGUAUUAGCCUACUGGAUUUAGAUGCUGGUUUAUAUGUUUUUGCAAUGGCUUCGAUUAGUAGAACCUCCAGUACGCAGUCGCACCUUUUAACGAAUUAUUGGUUCUAUACGCCAAUGGCAGCUCUGGCCUUGGCACGAAUGGCACUCAUUAAAUUAGUUAUGAUGCGGGGGGAAAGUGAAAAGAGACCAAGUGAUGAUGUACUUUCAAAUUAUUUCCUUGCAAUCACUGUGGCUAUAAUAAUUGGAUGUUUUAUGUGUGAUCGCAUAAGGCAUUAUAGGCGUCAAGUGUGGGCAGGAAUGGCCAUACUUACACUACACGAAAUUGUGCUUCAAGUCUUUACCAGCGAGUAUGCCUUGGAUAAUAAAACAGAACGAGGCAACAUUUUCGCAGCUAAUAAGGAAGCCUUCUUGUCAAUACCUGGCUUUUUGGCGCUUUUUUUACUUUCGAUCGCUUUUGGAAACUUUUUACGAUCGAGAAAACGUGGCGUGCCUUAUGUAGUCUUCUUGCAACGUGCCAAAUCAAUUGUCGAGACGUGCUUAUUCAGCUGGGCGGUGACUUUGUAUGCCAUCUUUACAACAUCGAUUGCGCCGAUCACAUGCAAUUUCGGUUAUGUGGCAUGGGUUUUCGCCAUUGGCUUAUCGAUAACUUUGGUCAACAUGUUCGUUUUUAAUUUUAUUACAAAUACCCGUAAAUAUACGGAUGACCUCCUGCACCCUACCAAUGAGGUGCUACCAUCAUUUGUAUCGAGUAUAAAUAAGAACGGUAUCAUUUGUUAUGUGUUUGCAUGUAUUCUUAAAUUUUGGGUAGAUGCAAUGUUAGAGCCUAGAUGGAGAAGUGAAAACGAGACCUUUUAUAUUUUAUCAUUGGCUAUGCUUAGUGUAGCUAUUCUGUCAUACCUUUUAACUCAUCUCACAUUAUUCUAUAAUUAAAUUUUUUCGUGUAUACAUCGAAAAAAGGCAACUAAUUUUUAAAACCUUAUUUUAAACAAAUUGCACUCAAUAACAUUAUUAGUUGUAAAAAAAAGUGUUGAAGAAAAAUUGUAUUUUAAAUCAUGUAAAUUUUGACGUUCUUAGAUAUUUAAGUGGUUAUUAGUACCGACUACUCGGCUAUUGGUUAUUGAUGAUGAAAACACUAAUAGAAUUUUAGCCAACGUACAAUGUUACAAUAGAAGAGAAUGUUAUUUUUAACACACAUUUUUUAAAGACUUCCUACCCAAAGCUGAUUUCAGAUCUCGUUUCUGUCGCUACCAAAUUAAAUUCGAGCGGAUUUGCAUAAUCGUAUUCUGUGGUCAAAUCUAAUUUAAUUAAUCGGAAUUUUUACUCGAAUCGGUUAUUCAACGACUCUGAUGAUUUGUUCGAAAAUUUUAGUUUAAAUAAAACCAACAAAGUAAGAAAUAUAUGUAUUUUAUGUUUC